GGGAGGAGUUGUAAAAGUACUUGUAGUUAAGUUUGUUCGGCCUCGCAGGCAGUGACAAAACAGUUGCGCUUUCUUCCUCAUUCAGUCAUUUACAACUUGUCUUUCCGAGAACAGAUCAACCGCAGCCAUGAGAAAGGACCCAAAUAAACCAAGAGGGAAAAUGACCUCCUAUGCUUACUUUGUGGCGACAUGCCGUGAAGAGCACAAAAAGAAACACCCAGGGACCACUGUAAGCUUUGCAGAGUUUUCCAAGAAAUGCUCCGAGAGAUGGAAGACCAUGUCACCCAAGGAGAAGGUGAAGUUCGAGGAUAUGGCUAAGAAUGACAAGAUCCGCUACGACCAAGAGAUGAAAUCGUACGUCCCCCCUAAAGGUGCCAAGCAGGGCAAGAAGAAGAAGGACCCCAACGCGCCCAAGAGGCCACCUUCUGCUUUCUUCGUCUUCUGCUCUGAUCACCGUCCCAGGAUCAAGGAGGAGAACCCUGGUAUUUCUAUCGGUGAAAUUGCCAAGAAGCUUGGCGAGUUGUGGGCUGCACAGAGUCCUAAAGACAAGGCACCCUAUGCAGCCAAGGCUGCCAAACUGAAGGAGAAGUAUGAGAAGGAUGUUGCUGCCUACAGAGCCAGAGGUGGUUCAGGGAAGAGUGAUGCUGGUAAGAAGAGUGGCCCAGGCAGGCCCGCUGCCAAGAAAGCAGAGCCAGUUGAUGAUGAUGACGAUGAUGAUGAUGAUGACGAGGAUGAUGAGGAGGAGGAAGAUGAAGAUGAGGAUGACGACGAUGAUGAUGACUAAGCAGUUUGUGUUGUAGGGUGUGAAUUUUGCAAUGCAUUGUUCAGCGUAACUCCUGUUUUGUGUGGAUGAUUCCAACAGUAUAGCCUGCUGUCCCUGUUGGUCUGCCUCUGUAGGAUAUCGACGUUUUCCUUAUUCAAAUUCAGGGAUUAGUUUUUAUUUUGGUAGUCCCCUUGUGAUUUUUUUUUUUUACGUUUUUCUGCUGAACUUGGGUUUGUUUCAUCUCAAUCCAUGUCGUUAUCUAAAUAGGCAUCCAGAUAAUGAAUCCUGUGGUAAUGCAAAGAACUGAAAUUCCUGUACAGGCAGUGGACAGCAGCAAAUCAGUGAAGUUUUAAAUGUAUGUUUCUUAAAGCACUGCUUAUGUUUUCUGUUUAGUGGUGCUGUUUCUUCACUGUUAUUUUACUACCAGGGGUUAUGUGUAGUUUGAUUAAAGAGGUUUGCAGCCAUUUUUAAUGUGGAACUUUGGAAACUUUAAUGUAGAAUGAAUUUUUUUUUUUUGUAAUAAAAUUUUGUAUAUUGA